ACUUCCCUGUAAUAUAUCCUGUCGAUCGUAGCCAGGAAAAUAUUUAGGUUAUGACCAGUCCAGCGGCGAACUAGUGACAACAAGGUAACUCCAAAUGUUGUGGCUCGUCCUUGCUGCGUCCCUUGUGCCUGUCGCGAAUGGUGUUCAGUGUAUGUCAGGGAAGGGUCGCCCGGUUGACUGGUUCAUUGUCUACAAGCUGCCAUCUCUCCAUGGAAACCAGAAUCACUCCGAUGGUCACUCUGACGGUGACUCUGUUGGUCAAGCCAGGGCUGUUCAUGACUCGGGGCACUUCUACAUGGACGUCAAUAACCCGACGUGGACGUUUUCUAACGUCCACAUGACGGCAACGAACCAUGCUGUCUACAACACCCUCCAGGCAAUAUAUCAGGCCAAAACUACUGAUGACUUGGCCUAUGUCAUGUAUAAUGACCACACUCCAAGUGGAAAAGAACCGGAAAGCGACGGCCAUUCAAAAGGUGUGUUUGCGUUUGACAAAGAGGAAGGGUUUUGGCUUGUCCAUAGCACCCCUCGAUUCCCACCUAACCGCGAAGAUGGAUACAACUUUCCUCCCUCCGGUAACUACAACGGGCAAAGUUUUCUCUGUGUUUCCUACAAGUAUUCACAGCUAAAAACCAUCGCUUCCCAGAUCGUGUACAACUACGUACAAGUGUACGACCACAUGGCCCCAGCGUCCUUCCUGUCGGACAAUCCCAGCCUAGCAGCAGUAAUUGACCACAAGCGUCCAGAAGGAGCUACCGCCAGUAAACGUCAGCUGACGUCGAGUCAGGGAACAGCCUUCCUCAGCUUUGCCAAGACAGCAGCCUUCAACGACGACCUGUAUUCAGGGUUUGUUGCGCCGGUGCUGCAGAGUGACCUGAAGACCGAGACGUGGCAGGAUGGGCGAGGGAAGAUGAGGUCCAACUGCAGCAGCAGCUACAAGGUGUACAAUGUGCAGGCUAUUUCUCUGCCAGGUGGGAUCCACUUCAAAGAGACCAAAGACCACUCCAAGUGGGCUGUCUCUAUGACAGGAACCUGGGUGUGCAUUGGGGAUAUCAACAGACAGCUCCAUCAGCUGAAGCGAGGAGGGGGGACCGUGUGUCUGCAGAAUAAGACGGUGUGGUCUCAGUUCGACAACAGCAUCCAGGCGUUUGAGAAAUGUUAAUCCGAGAGACCCAUUAAAUGUAAAUGUCACGGAAUGUUUUCAGUUGUAUUUUAACAAUAAACUAUGCAUUUUUA